AUGGAAGACCCGGAGACAGACUCGCCGGAGCCUCUACGCCGCCGAAACUCCAUCGCCACCGACGCCGUCCCCAUCCCCUCAAGGCUCAGUCUUCACACUUCCAGCCUCCCUCCGACAAACGGCUUCCUCACCGACUUGGAGCUCUUCUCCCUCAAAUCGCCGCCGGGAUUUUCUUCCUACACCUCACUCAAAGACCUUAUGCCUUCCUCCGUCGUUAACUCCCCCGCCACCGCCGCGCACGGGAGCGCCUCCGUGUUCCACGACUCCGCUUACGAAAUCUGCAUCCGGAACCAUCUAGUGAAGCAGGCCGCUUGGGCUUACCUCCAGCCCAUGUCCUCCUCCCCUGGCUCCGCCGACCCUCACUUCCUCCGCCGCCUCUGGUCGAAGCUCGCCGCCCUCGGCGGCCCCAUCAAGGCCUGUUUUCGAUUCCUUCAGCUCCGUCUGAUUCCCCGCAUCGUCCAAGCUUUCGACCGGAUGUUCCGUGCAGUUGUGGUUGGAAUUUAA